UCACAGCAUCAUUCGAGUUCCAACAUUCGAAGAAGCAACAUGAAAUCCUUCCCUUGCGUUGUCCUCUUAGCUGCGUUGGUGGCUGCUGAGCCACCGAGCUAUAGAUCAAGAUUCUUCCAAAGGCAAGAAGCUGAACCUACUACUCCUAGGAACGAAGAAGCACCUUAUCCAGCAGCAGGAUACAAGCCUUCUAAAGAAUUCAAGCUGCCUUCCAGAGAAGCUGUCCCGCCUGCGACAUCAUACGGAGUUCCUUCAGAUAGCUAUGCUGUUCCUUUCCACACUUUCAACGCUCCGCAAACUGAAUACGGAGUCCCAAGAAAGAGUGAAGAACCUGAGAGAGAGAAGGAAGAUAAAGAGGAGGUAGAAAGCUUGAAAGUGGAAGGUUUACCGAAAGAAACAAAGGGCAAGCUUCAAGAAAAUUCUGAGGUGGUAAAUGCUAAUGGUGCUUACUACGUAUUGCUUCCGGAUUCUCAGCUCCAAAGGGUACAGUACGAAACGCAAAACGACGUUCGCAAUAUGGCGUAUACGGCGCGUCUGCAAUACAGGAAUGAGGACCGUGCUCCGAUAUACGUGUAUACCGCUGUUCCUCAGUACCAGAAUGCUGCUUACGUCCAAGUGCUUUAAGUUUUUAGAUUUCAGAACGGCUAUGGUUGUGUUUAUAUUGUUGUAAAGCAUCAUAUGUGGAUAAAACGUCAGUCACUUUGGAAAUGGCCUGUCAGAGCGUGACAUUUGAAGUGUUGGACCAAGCUAACUCUGCAUGCAAUUUGCAAUGACAAAGUGUUUCUAUGAAAUUCUAUAAAAAAUACUCACUUUCACU